AUGGGGAGGUGCUUCUGGGCCAUCCUCCUCCUGGCCCUGACGGUGUUCCUGCUGGCUGGCUUCCUCCACGUGGACGUCGGGCUGCUCGUGCUCCCCCUAGGGGGCCAGGAUGAGGGGCCCCCCGUGACCAACGUCAUGUUCCUCAAGACGCACAAGACGGCCAGCAGCACCGUGCUCAACACCCUCUUCCGCUUCGACGAGACGCACAACCUGGCGGCGGCGCUGCCGGCCGGCGGCCGCUUCUACCUGGGCUACCCCUGGCUCUUCCUGGCGCGCUACGUGGAGGGAGUUGAGCAGGGCAGCCCCGAGCGGCGCUUCAACAUCAUGUGCGACCACCUGAGGUUCAACCGGCUGGGGGCGGGGCUCCCGGGGGUGCAGAAAGUCAUGCCCAGCGACACCUACUUUUCCAUCCUCAGAAACCCCGUCUUCCAGCUGGAGUCCUCCUUCAUCUACUACAAGGGCUACGUCCCCGCCUUCAGGGGCGUCGCCAGCCCGGAAGACUUCCUGGCGUCGUCGCGGACCUACUACAACCCGAGCCUGGGCUUGCGCCACGCCUACGCCCGGAACAGCAUGUGGUUCGACGUUGGCUUCGACCACGACGUGCCGCCCGAGGAGGGCUACGUGCGCGCGCGCCUGGCCGGCGUGGAGCCGCGCUUCCCGCCGGCGCUCAUCGCGGAGCACUUCGGCGAGUCCACGGUGCUGCCGAGGCAUUUGCUGCGCUGGCGGCUGGACGACGUGGUCGCCUGCAGGCUCAAUUUGCGCAGCCCGCGCAGCGUCGCCAGCCUGACGACCGCGGGCCAGGAGCGCGCUAAGCGCUGGCGCGCCCUGCACUGGCGCCUCUAACAGCACUUCGACCGCACCUUCUGGGCCCGGCUGCGCGCAGACGGGCUGGCGGCCCUGAGCUUGCAGGAUGGCGCGCCCAAGGGCAAGUCGCAGGUCACCGACCGCCGGCUGCGCCCCUGCCAAUCCGGCAGGGCCGACAUCCUGGGCUACAACCUCAGGCCGGGCCUAGACAACCAAACGCUGCACAUGUGUCAGAGGAUGGUCAUGCCCGAGCUCCAGUACAUGGCCUGCCUGUACACCCUGCAGUUCCCCGACAAGCCCCCCAAGAACGUCCACGUCCUGGAGGCCUGGAGGGAUGGCGCCGGGGACUCUGUCUAG